UAUAUAGUCACAAUUGGAGGAUCGAAUCGAUUGAUCGAUAUAUAUAGAGAAGAUAAUUCAGCUGCACUUUUCCACCGGCGAAAAAAAAAAAGGUGAGAUUUGCGGACCCUUGGAAAAGUUUCGCCCAUUUUGCAGUUCAAUUUCUAGGGUUUUGGCCGUGGUUGGUUCUUUUGUGAGGGGGGAUUGCUGACGUUGGCCAUGGAGGUUAAGAUGGAGAAAUGGCUGUGUAUAUUGUUGAUGUGUGUGUUGGCGGAAACGGCCGCGACGGCGGCGGUUUCGUCGCCCUCCGAGUGUCAACGUGAUUUCAGAGGUUUUGUUUAUGAUCUCAAUUCGCAGUGCCCAUUUUCGAAUCCAUUCUAUUCCCCACCAGUUCAGGUUGAUGGGGAAUCAUUUGAAAAGAUUGUGAGCUCCAGUAAGAAAAACAGCUAUAUUGCUGUACUGUUUUAUGCUUCCUGGUGUCCUUUCUCUAGCAUGUUUCAAUCAAAUUUCGCCACUCUCAGUUCCAUGUACCCACAGAUCGAACAUUUGAUGGUCGAACAAUCGUCUGCCAUGCCCAGUGUUUUCUCUAGAUAUGGUAUUCACAGUGUACCCGCACUGCUGAUCCUGAGUCAUACAACAAAAGAAAGAUAUCAUGGCCAGAAGGAUCUGGAGUCACUUAUAGAUUUCUAUAAAAGAACUACAGGUUUAUCCCCGGCAGUGAAUUUAGUCAAAGAAACAUCUCGUCAUCCAGAAAGUGGUCGGCCCGACCACAGCCUCCAAUUCUGGAAUAGAUCUUCACUGAAGGAAACAUUCUCAAGGGAGCCUUAUCUGAUGCUGUCUGUCAUAUUCGUCCUCCUGCGGGCUUUCCUUUACUUCUGUCCAGAAAUCACAUCUCGGUUGAUGACGCUGUGGACGACAUACAUCCCUCGCCUUAACUUGGCUAUAUUUGGGGAGUCAAAGCAGCUUCUAGAGCAUACCCUACACCUAAUAGAUGUGAAGAGGAUUUGGAGCAAGCUAAAGGUAUGCCAAACAAGAAAGUUCCACAAAGGAGCGAGAAAUGCGCGGGUUUGGGCAUCCUCGCUGGCCUCAGUGUCCUUAGGGAAGACGACAUCGUCUUCAUCAAGGCCAGCAGUAACAGUAGCAGUUGCUUCCAGAGACUUGUGAGACUAUGCCUGCAUUUCCUGGUAAUGCCAUGUUUGUACCUUACUUUCUCUUUCUUGCUCCUUUCUACUUGGCAUCUUUUUUGUAAACUACUCCUCUAGUGCUGCUGCUGCUGCUUAUGAGAUUAUUGUUAUAUAUAUCUAUAUAUGAGAGAGAUAGAGAGAGAGAGCAAUGAGAGAUGAUUAAUGGUGGGUUUGUGAUGAGGAAUGGAAUGGUGUUGUAAAUUUCAGGAGACAUUCCUUCUCCACUCCAGUGUGAGGCUGUCUGUAAAAAAAUUAUCGUGUGAUGUGAUGUGAUGUAGUAGCUAAAGCCUAAAUGUGUUAACAAAUUCAAUAUGUGCUUUGUAGUUUCUGCCCUUUAAUUAUCUGUGUGUUUGUUUGUUGUUAAAUUAUGCAUCUUGACAGGAAAAUUACAGAACACGGCCGUGUUCACGGUUUAACACGGUCAUGUUCGAAAAACACAAACAGUAGAUUUCGGUUUAAUCCUGAACACCGCUAACACUUGUUAUUUUAUUGGCUCCUGUUUCUUAUUCAAAUGGAUCUAAAA